GUUAAGUAAGCGGAGAUUCCAAUAACUAGACGGUGCGUGCUCUGUUGGUAUUCAUUAGUCAGUUCUCGGAAAAGACUGGAACUGCGAAUCCAUUAAAACUGAUACGAAUCAAUGUCAUAAUUUUAUGGAAGUUCGUCAUUUCACGAAGCCAAGAAACAUCAAGAAUGAGGCUUAUCAGGUUUUACAUCCUGUUCUUUAUAUCUGUCGUGCCAGUUCUCGUAACAGUUGCCAGCACCAUCCAACCGAGACAGCCCAGUGCUACAACGACAGAGGGGUCAAGUUUUCUCUUCGAAUGGGACUUUCAUCUUCAAGAUGAGGACGAAAUAGAAUUAACAGGGUUCAUUUUUGGCCUUUGGGAGAAUGGUUAUACCACGUUUUAUCUUAUGACGGUAACCAGGCAGGGAAGAGUGAUUUCUAAUCCUCAGUUGAGCAAGACACAUCCUACUUACGUUGGGCGAGUGACUUGGGUAGGAAACAUAUCGAAGUCGUAUUUGGCCUAUAAAUUGGUGAACCUGACUUUCUCCGAUAGCAACACAUACGGAUGUCAAAUUGACGUGGGAGGUUUCCGACGAACAAUUCAUUCUAAGAUCACCUUACAUGUCCAGGCGAUAAAUGCAUCAAAAACACCUGAAAUGAGUGUUUCUUCCAUAUGGAACCAUGCUCCCAAUUCUACAUCGAGCAAAUUUGUUCCAUCAUUAAAAGCGGGUGUCCUAGAAAAUGUAACAGCGGGAAGUGUACCAACUUCGAAUUCAAACAUCUUGGUAUCACAUGGGAGAGCUGGCUCCGCGAAGUCAAAAUGGGAAAUAGGGGUUGAAUACUUAUCUUACCUGUCAGUCCUUGCUAUUCCACAUUUCUUUAGGCUGUGAGUUCCAAGCUCUGAAGGAAAACUGGAGUGAAUAGUGUUUGACCUACUUAGGAUCAGAAACCAACCCAUAUCCCUGUGCAUGUACCAACAACCAUAACCAGCUUUGGAAACUCAACAGUGACAACACCCUCCGGCCCAAAGAUGACAGCAACAAAUGCCCCUUUCUAAUUAAAACUGGAAAUAGUGAUCUUUCCUCAAAGAUAAGACAACAGAUGCCGAGUGAGCCUAUGUUGCACACGUUCUUCAAACUCGCGACGAAGAAUGGCAGUUUCACCUAUGAUGGUUGGCAAGGGCAGAAUCUCUACUUUGCCUAAUUGGGGGUUACACUGGACCGCCAUUUCAGGAUUGGAGUCCACGACCAUUCGCUUGUGCUCGUCCUAGUCCACCAAAUGUGCACUGAUGUAUCAGUGAGUUCGUUCCAACCUUUGAGUACGGAUGGUUUAAUUUUUUAGCCAGUUUCAGAGUAAACCAAAGUUGUGCAAUAGCAUUAGAUUUAAAAGAAAAUUAAAUACAAUCUGUUAUGCGGAUCAAAAAGCAUUUUUGCGAUUAGAAAGCUGCGUAACAGCUUAAUAGAAAUAAAGAUCAUGCGCCAGUGAAGAGCUUAUUCAUUUUUUGAGAUGUAGAAUGCGAAUAGCUCUUAACAGCAAUUCCAGUCACUCUCGGGAAGACAUGCUCUGAUGUAACAAACAAACUUAGAUAAAAUAUGUGAAUUUAAGAGGUUGGGAAUCUGGAAAAACAAGGAUCCUCCUCUAACUAGGACUAAAAUUAAUGGGGGCUCUCUUAUUUUAAUUCAUAUUUUUAAUUUGACCUGCUUCCUCCCCUGUAAUGUUAGGGCACAUAGAUGAAGAGAACAUUUUUUUGUAUUUUGAUGCAUGAAAGUUAAAUUGGCAUCCACAUAAUCACAAAGCAAGAAUGUAAAGCUUUAGCUCAAUAGGUUAAAAAAAUUAAAAUAAGAGAGUUUUGCAGACCAUGUCUGACUUUUUAUCCUGGCUCUGGAUAUUUAUUCAAAUAACGUAGUCACUAUCAGUCUCGUUCACUCUCACUUUCCACUGAGCUUGUGGAAAGAUGAUAACAUCAUUAUUUCUUUAAAUGAAGCCUGUCCUCUUACUACGUAUAGUUCUGUUGGGCAUCAUCAGUACAAAAGUGGUCUAAUUUUUACAUGAAGGUAGGCUAACCUUAAAAAUUAGUUGUAAAAAUUUCUUGAACCAGUCGUUCUACGUCUUGAAUGUUUCACUCAAUUUUACCUGACCAAACUAAACUGAAUAUAUAGAAACAUGAAAUUUAUUUGUUCUCCUUUUGAGGGGGGCGUCAAAAUUUCAAAGUCAUCACAGGCUUAAACUUUAGGUUUACAGAAAAUCUUCGUUUGCAUGUGUUUUCAAUAUAUGAAACUGGGACUAUGACUACUUCAAGAGACUUUACUACAUGCCGUAUAGGUACAGGCAGGUGUUGUAAAAAAAGUUUGCUGAGCUUUUUCAUUAGUACACAUAUAUUUUUCUAAGAAUUCUGUUUAUCCAGCCUGUGCUGAAUUCUAAUUUUUCAACCAAAUUUUAUUAUUUUUUGAAUAGUUUUAGAUCUCCAAGUAUCAUUUAAUGUUCUUGUAAUUAAAACAAAUACAUCGAAUCUUGUAGAUGUAUGGCACAUUAUUUUUUCUCUGAU